AUGUCUCUACAUUUUAAUGCUUUACAUAGUCUUUCAAGUCCAUAUAUUGAAUGGUUUUUAGAUAAAUUAGGUCAUGAUCGUCUGAAUAAAUUACUUGUUCGUUAUGAUCAUACAACAACAUGUGCGCGAUAUGUGUUCACAUUUUGUGCUGGGCCAUCUUAUCAAGCGGUUACAUUGAUAAUUUGUUCCUCGAAAUGCAAUGUACCAGCCCGUUUAUCAAAUACAUUUAGAUGGAAUCUAACAUUUCAACCAGACAAUGAACAAGGACAACCAAAUGAUAAAACAUUUGUUGAAAUGAAUAAAAUAAUAAAACGUCAAAUUAGUCACCGAAGUCGAGUAUUCAAAUUAGUUAAAAGUUUUUUCGAUAAGCAUUCAAAUUAUCGAUCAUAA